AAUGGCGAAAAGAUCAGUGGGUAUUGGAGAAAUUCAAGAAGGACGGAAGAAUACUGCUAGACCAAUUUUGGUAAAUAUUCAAAGUAAUGACGAAAUUGUUGGAGAAGAAUCGGACGAUUGUGUUGAAGAUGAAGGGAACGAGUUAUUCGAAAUUGACGAGGAAGAAGCUCAAAUUGCCGAAGCAUUUAGAGCUUUCGACCAUAACAAUGAUGGUUAUCUAGAUAUAACUGAUUUAAGGAGGGUAUUAUUGAAAUUGGGACAUAAUUUAGAUGAUGAAGAAUUGCAAGAAGUAUUAGACGAAGCAGAUAGUAAUGGAGAUGGAAAAAUUGACUAUUAUGAAUUUAAGAAAAUGAUGCUAAGAGAAGACACUCCAAUAGAAAAAGAAGAAGCGGAAGAUAACUUAUUAAACAAUAAAGAUGAUGAAAGGGGAUAA